AAAGGGCCAAAUCCAAAAGGGGUGUUUUCGGGAGAUCCGAGCUGUCAAAACGUUCACAGAAAAGUAAAAACCUUAACGCCUUGAUUUAUUAUUUACUUGACAAUUUCCAAUCAAUAACGGUCAGCUUAAAUAAUACAAAAGCUGACGCAUUAGUUUGUCAACCCAUUUAUUUACGAUGGCCUCAGCCACAAAACACCACUGCUUGAUUGUUCUGCCAAGCUCGCCGGAAGGUGUCUCGGCCCAGUCAUUUAUUCAGUGCUUCACUCUGACACAUUCAGCGUUCAGUGUUGCCAUUGCAACUCCACAGGGUAAAAGUCCAGAAUUCAUCAAUCAAGAUGAUCAGAGCCGCAGGUGGCUGAAUGAUUUUCGCUCCAAACCGUUUGCAAUUCCGCUCAGCUUGGACAUCAUCGACGUCAACAGAUACUCGAGCAUUGUCCUUCCACACGCCCCUGGUGCUGCCGCUGAUUUGGCCGAGGAUAAAGAUUUAGGCCUCCUACUCUGCCAGUUUGUCAGACACAAAAAAUUAGUUUGUGCCAUCGGAAUGGGAGUUGCCGGUCUUUUCUCCGCCAAAAAGGAGGAGGAUAAAAAGUGGGCCUUCAAGUCUUACGCAUUGACAGGACUGUCUGUGCUGGAGCUGUGUCGAGUACCAAAUUUCGCAACUCUGAAGAUCAUUCCAGAAGAUGUGGCUCGCGACCUCGGAGGUCAUUACUCGGCCAGCGGAGAGCUCGACGCUGUCCAUGUCAGUGUGGACAGAAACUUGGUCACGGGCCAGAACGAAGCCUCCACUCUCACCGCUGUGCAAAACCUUGUCUUGUUAGCCAACCAAAACCAAAGAUAGAACCAAAAGGAUUGCAAAGGCAACUAUUUAUUAUGAAAAAGAAAGCAGAUCUGAUGGUUGAGUUUUUGCUUUUAAAUUUUCAGUUUGGAUUAUUAUUUAAUGGAUUUGCAUUCCAAAACUUUGUAUAAAAUUGCUCAAUCUGUUCAUUAAAUUCAUUCAACUGAGAUUUGAGUCAAAGAUCUUUGUUAUAUUAUUUUGAUUUAUUCUCUAUAUAAGGAUUUAUUUGGUGAGAAAUAAAAAACGAGAAUUACAAACGAAUCUCAUAUAGAUAUAUAUGUACUUUUAUUUUUCCACUGAACUAAAAUGAGAUGCUGCGACAGUAAUAGAGAAUUAUUCAAUAGAAGUGGCAGUACAAUAUCGUUCGUAAUGAUUUCCGACAACCAACCGAACCAAAAUAUGCACAGGUAUAACAACGUGAGAGGUGUUUAAUGAGUGUGGAUUCGGGCGGGGUGGUAUAAUUAUUCUGUUUUAUGCAUGCCGAUACAACCAACCAAUCAACAGUCAUUGUAAUUAACUAUGGUCAAUGUACCAACAUAUAUUAAGUCUACGCGUACGCUCUUCUCUUAUUACAGGCCAAUUGUCUGGUACAGCGAGUACAUAGAUGUGCUGAUGAAUUUAAUUAGUAUUUAAGCGCGAGUGUGUGUCUGUGUGUGAGAUAUAUUGAUUCCAAAAGUGUGGCUAAACAACAAAUACAUAUUCAUCAGUUUAAUUAUUACUCUUCGCACAUCCUCGUCAAUUAUUUGAGCAAACAUUUUCAUCCUAAUUGUAAGCACAUAGAUUUGUUGAUAUCUUUGGUUAAUUAAAAAAUCCAAUAUUUUCUUGUUAA